AGCUGUUUUACCAAAAUCUAAAUAAUCAACUCGGCUAAAUUUCCCUAUUAGUUAUUAAAUAAGUUAUUAAUUAAACUCGAAAUUAUUUAAACUAAAAUUAUUAUGUUAAAUUUAUACACAAAAUGCAUACGAACGCAACCUGUACGUCUAGUGCAAGGAGCUUUAAGAAAUCUAAGUGAUGAAACGAAUGGCCGACGUGAGUCGCAAGUACAAAAACGUAUACGUGAAGAAUUGGAGCGUGAUAAAAAGGCUUUGAAAUGGCGCAAAACUAAUGAGGAGGCUGGAGAUAUUGAUACUAAACUAAAGUUAUUUGCCAAUCAAGAACAAACAUCCGACUACAUUAUAAUGAUGCAAAAACCCAUUAAUCUUAAUCCCAAAGAUUGGCUGGCGAUGUUAGAGAAGAGAAAGGAAAAGAAAGAACGUCAUAUGCAACAAUUUAUGCCCGAAAGACAUGAGAUAUUGGGACCCGAUUUAGCCACUGCCCAUUUUAUUUUACACCGUGGUGGCGCUGUCAAAUUUCUCAAUAGUCAAAAUUGGAUGAAAGCUGAUGAAAAUGGAGAAUUUAAACUACCUAGCACCUAUCAUGCUCAAUUCAAAGUGGAGGCUUUACGUUGUGACAAUAUGACUCUGUACUAUGAGGGUUUGGAAAAUAUACGUUGGCUGCAAGAAUUUAAAUUUCUAUCAUUUCAUAAUAUUAAAACUUUCGAUGAUUGGUGUUUGGAUAGAGUUUCUGGUUCGCAAUGUCAUAAAUUGGAAAUUCUAGACAUAUCGGGUACCCAGUGCACUGCUCGUGGUUUAUCCUGUCUCUAUCGUUUAACUAAUUUGAAACUAUUGGUAGUAGAUGACCCCAAAGAGUCUUUGGAAUAUGAAUUAACUUGUUCUAUGCUGGAAGAGGCUUUACCUCAAUUAAAAAUUGUUAAUGCCGGCUCAUUGCAUGAGAAGUAAUUCUGUAAUUCUUUAAUAUUUAAGUUUCUGUACAAAAAAAUGUUAUUUAUUUACAAUAAAUCUCUAAUGACUAUCAUAAA